AUGGCGUACGGUUCUUCUUUUUCCGUCUCAUCGAGAGCUCUAGUCUUCUGCCGUCCUUGCUAUGGCUCCAUUAGAGACCUCCCUUUCUCCCUCCGAACGCCAACAAUUGGGCAUUGUGGCUGUGUUGGAGCUAUCGCAGCACCUAGGAAUCUGGUGAAACCGCGCAAGGAAGAAAGCCGUGGUUUUAGUGGAGCACGAAGGAGUAAGGAGAAAGUAAUGCCAUGGAAGAAGAUGGAUGCUAAUGAAUUUGGUAUACAAAGGUCCAUGAUCCCAGAAUCUACACGGAUGGUUCUCAAUAAGCUCAGGAACAAAGGAUUUCAAGUGUACCUAGUUGGAGGUUGUGUUCGGGAUCUUAUACUAGAUAGAAUCCCCAAGGACUUUGAUGUUAUCACUUCAGCCGAGCUCAAGGAGGUACGGAAGGUAUUUCCCCGCUGUCAAAUUGUUGGAAGACGGUUUCCCAUUUGUCAUGUUUACGUCGAUGACAUUAUCAUUGAGGUGUCAAGUUUUAGUACUUCAGCAAGGACUGGUAAAGCGCCUAACAAAAGCUUUAGAAAGCCUGCGGGAUGCAGUGAGCGUGAUUAUAUCCGUUGGAAGAAUUGCUUACAGCGUGAUUUUACAGUCAACGGAUUGAUGUUUGAUCCAUCAGAGAAUGUAGUGUACGACUAUAUAGGAGGAGUUGAAGAUAUAAGGAAUUCUAAAGUUAGGACAGUAUCCGCAGCCAAUCUUUCAUUUGUCGAGGAUACAGCUCGCAUUUUACGUGCAAUUAGGAUUGCGGCGAGGUUAGGAUUCAGCUUGACUAAAGACGUUGCUGUUUCAGUGAAAGAGCUUUCUUCCUCCUUGCUGAGACUUGACCCUUCAAGGAUCAGGAUGGAACUCAAUUACAUGAUGGCGUAUGGGUCCGCAGAAGCUUCUUUACGGUUGUUAUGGAGAUUUGGGCUCAUGGAAAUUCUUCUACCUAUCCAGGCAUCUUAUUUUGUUUCCCAAGGUUUCCGGAGGCGUGAUGAAAGGUCCAACAUGCUUCUGUCGCUAUUUCGCAACCUUGACCGGCUUGUAGCACCUGAUCGACCAUGCAACGAGUUCUUGUGGAUUGGGAUAUUAGCAUUGCACAAAGCGUUAGUUGAUCAGCCUCGGGAUCCGAAGAUAGUAGCUUCCUACUGUCUCGCCAUCUACAGCGAACUUUCUUUAUCAGAAGCCAUCGAGAUUGCAAGGAGCAACACUAAAGAGCACAACUCAAACUUCCAAGAACUGUCGGGUCACGAGAAAGACGUCGGCAAAUUAUCGCAGCAGGUCAUAAACUUGGCAGACUCUAUAAGAUCAGCUGCACGGAAGAUGAAUGAUCGAGAGUAUUUGGCUAAUGCAAUGAGCAAAUACCCGCAAGCACCGGGCUCUGAUAUGGUGUUUAUGUCAAGACCUUUGUUGGAGAGAGUGGAGAAAAUGUUUGGGAGUGUGAGAAGAAAAGGAAAAGAUGAGAGAGAGGCUCCAAGUUUAGAGCGUAGGAUAAACCACAAGUCACUUGCUCUUGGGGACUUUCAUGAGACACGUCGUGUAUUUGCUAGGAUUGUUUUUGAUACUGUUUAUCCUCCGACUUAG